AUGGCGGGGGCCGACAGCAGUGGACCUGGCGGGACGGGAUCUCCAGCAUCGAAACGGCAGUCAUUGGUCGCACCAGGUGUUUCCCUUCUCACGCCACGACGCGACGAUCAUGAAGAGGAAAACAUUCGUGCAUACGUGGAGCGCAUCCAGAGGGAACUUAUGGACCAAGUCAAUGAGGUCAAGCACACGAUGGACACGACGCUGCAGACAGUCACGGCUACAGUCGCGCAGACAUGUACUAACGUCGGCAAUCAGAUCAACCAGGAGAUCGACAACCUGGCUGCUCGUGUUUCUCCACUGGAGGAGCAGAUGUCCGCCCACCGAUCGAAGAUGGGAUCAAUGGAGAGUGAGCUGGCCCGACUUCGUUCUCACUUCGCCGAAGAGCUGGGCAUCGUCCGUGCUACUGUUCCGGAGCCUGUCAUCAGGGCUGGGCCUGCAUGA